AUGCGAGGAACAUUCCUGAUACGUGCCUGCAAUGGAUGCGCUGCGAGGAGGCUAAUACUUCCACGGCUUAUUAACAGACAAGUGCUUCGACAUGUAUCAUCAAACAACACAAAAGAGCCCAUCUCGCCAUUAACCAAACAUUUGAUCGACACUAUCAAAAUAUCUGGACCAAUGUCUGUAGCUCAAUACAUGAGACAGGCAUUAACCCAUCCAAGUGGUGGUUACUACAUGCGAGGCGACGUAUUUGGAACCGACGGCGACUUCACUACGUCGCCAGAGAUAUCUCAAAUGUUUGGAGAGAUCAUGGCUAUCUGGUUUAUAACGCAAUACCAAAGUCAUAACUCUCCCACAAGCUUCCAAGUCAUUGAACUGGGUCCUGGUCGUGGUACUCUGAUGGCUGAUCUGAUACGGACAUUCACGCAAUUCCCAUCACUACGAACAUCCUUGAAAUCCGUGCACCUUGUGGAAGCAAGUCCAGCACUUCGAAAACAUCAGGCCAAAAUAUUAUCUCUGAAUUCAUCUAAACCUACAUGUGAUGAUAAUGGAACGCCCGUGUCUAUGCAACGUGGUGAUGGUGUACAUGUUGUGUGGCAUGAUAGUCUUGAUGAGGUUCCAAGAGAUGCGUGGUCUAUGCUCGUCGCACAUGAAUUUCUAGAUGCUAUGCCUAUCUACAAGUUUGAGUUGACUCAAAAUGGAUGGAGGGAGAUUCUAGUAGAUCUAGAUGAUGCACCAUCAAGCCCAUACCACUUCCGAUUCAUAACAGCUCCAACACAAACCAAGGCAUCCGUAACGAUGCUUUCACAUCCUCAAUUCCAACCGGCUCAUAAUCCAUAUACCACCACCAAAACAACAUCCACAUCCACAGAUGCAGAAACAAAGGACGAAGCAACAUAUACUUACAAGCUCGGCGACCGAGUAGAAAUCGCUCCUGAUGGAUGGGGUGUUGCACGUUCCAUCAGUCAGUUUAUAUCAGGAACAGACGCAACAUCAUCGCCAGCAUCAGAGGCUGCUGUGAAAAAGUAUCCAGGUGGUGUAGGUUUGAUUUGUGAUUAUGGGAAUGAUUGGACUGAGGGUGAUUCGUUGCGGGCAAUCAAAAAGCAUAAACAUGUACAUGUGCUGUCCACUCCUGGUGAAUGUGAUUUAAGUGCUAAUGUGGAUUUCAGUCUUGUUAAAAGUGCUGUUGAUGAACUUGCAUCUGCACACGGCCCCAUAUCCCAAGCAACAUUCUUACGACUCCUCGGUAUAACAACUCGACUACAGAAACUCCUGACUGUAGCAACAAGUCAAGAGAAACGCAAGGAAUUAGCACAGGAUUAUGAUCGGCUCGUGUCGAAAGUUGGUAUGGGUAGUGUGUACAAGAUGUUGGCUGUGACUCCUAAGGGACUUGCGCCCCCGUUUCCGUUUAUUCCUAUGGCGGAAGCUAAACCGGUGCAGACAUCGGAGAAGUCUUCAGAGGCAUAA